ACACCCUAAUCCCAAUCUGUGUCCAUUAGUGCGCCGAGAGAGCGGGAGAGGGGGGAGAGGGAGAGACGAGAGAGGGGAGAGAGAGAGAGAGAGAGAGAGAGAGAUGGGGAGUGAGACAGAAAGAGAGAGAGGCUUUUAAAGGAUUUGACAGUGAUUUGUAGAAUCACAGUUGUGGAAUGUUGUGUUUUUUCCCGUUUUUUUGCCUACAUUCCACCAUGACGCUCCACCAAAGCCUCGAAAGCCGCAGUCUUCGAUUAUUCCUCCGAUAUUGAGGCUAAAUUGUUCACACUUUGAGAAGAGAAUUUCUGUGCUCUCAUCUGCACACAUCACAUGGGUUCCUGAAGAUGAACUAUUGUUUCACUUACAGUAAUUGCAGCAACACAUGCGAUUGGCGGAGAAUAAUGCUGAAACGCUUCUUGGUUUGGGAAUAUGCUGAAAAGCCGUCAACCUUAUAAAAGGAAGUUUAAGAGGAGCAGAAAUGAAAAUCUCAGGAGUCAUUGGUAGGCCCCGCCCACUCCAGCUGUAGAGCAAACAGGAAGUGCUUGUGGUCCUUGCGAUGACAUCACAGUGGCAUGUGUGUCCAUGGCAACUGCUGAGCCCCCCCAACUCCUGGAUCCACCUGCUGUGGUUUCUGCUGCUGGGCCUGCCCCCCCCCUCGGUGGGCCACCAGCGCACUGUGUCUCAAUCCAUAAAGAUAGAGGGCGACAUCACCCUGGGGGGCCUCUUCCCCGUGCACUCUAAGGGGGCCGCGGGGGUCACCUGUGGGGGGGUGAAGAAGGAGCAGGGCAUCCACCGCCUGGAGGCCAUGAUGUACGCCCUGGACCAGAUCAACAACGACCCCGACCUGCUCCCCAACAUCACGCUCGGGGCGCGCAUCCUCGACACCUGCUCCAGGGACACGUACGCUCUGGAGCAGUCUCUGCAGUUCGUCCAGGCGCUGAUCUCGAGGGACAGUUCUGACGUGCGCUGCUCCAACGGGGAGCCGCCCCUCAUCCCCAAACCCGAGCAGGUGGUGGGGGUCAUCGGGGCCUCGGGCAGCUCCGUCUCCAUCAUGGUGGCCAACGUGCUGCGCCUGUUCGAUGUCCCUCAGAUCAGCUACGCCUCCACGGCCCCGGAGCUGAGUGACAGCAGCCGCUACAACUUCUUCUCGCGGGUGGUGCCGCCCGACUCCAUGCAGGCCCAGGCCAUGGUGGACAUCGUGAAGGCCAUGGGCUGGAACUACGUCUCCACCAUCGCCUCCGAGGGCAACUACGGCGAGAGCGGAGUGGACGCCUUCCUGCAAAUCUCCAGGGAAGCAGGAGGUCUGUGUAUCGGCCAGUCCAUCAGGAUUCCUCGUGAGCCCAGGGAGGGUGAGUUUGAUAAGAUCAUCAAGAGACUGAUGGAGACGUCCAACGCCAGAGGCGUCAUCAUCUUCGCAGGCGAGGACGACAUCAAGCGUGUGCUGGAGGCGGCGAAGACGGCAAACCUGACAGGUCACUUCCUGUUUGUGGGUUCAGACAGCUGGGGGUCCAAGAUCUCGCCCAUCCUGAACCAGGAGGAUGUGGCCGAGGGCGCCGUCACCAUUCUGCCCAAAAGAGCCUCCAUCGACGGCUUUGACGAGUACUUCACCUCGAGGUGUUUAGAGAACAACCGCAGAAACAUCUGGUUCGCUGAGUUCUGGGAGGACGACUUCAAGUGCAAAAUGACCAGGCCGGGCAGGAAACUGGACAUCGGACAGAAGAAAUGCACAGGCGAGGAGCGUAUCAGUCGCGACUCCCCGUAUGAGCAGGAGGGGAAGGUGCAAUUUGUGAUUGACGCGGUGUACUCCAUGGCCCACGCGCUGCACAACAUGCACCUUGACCUGUGUCCCGGCUCCGCCGGCGUCUGUGACAAGAUGGACCCAGUAGAGGGCGCUAUGCUGCUCUCCUACAUCAGAGCCGUCAACUUCAAUGGCAGUGCAGGAACGGCUGUGAUGUUUAAUGAGAAUGGUGACGCUCCGGGUCGCUAUGACAUCUUCCAGUACCAGAUGUCCAACACCACCAACCCCGGCUACAGGGUCAUCGGCCAGUGGGUCAAUCACCUGCGGCUCAACGUGGAGGAGAUGCAGUGGUCGGGGGGGGAUCAGCAGGUCCCAGACUCUGUGUGUAGUUUCCCGUGCGAGUCUGGGGAGAGGAAGAGGAUGGUGAAGGGCGUGCCGUGCUGUUGGCACUGCGAGCUGUGCGACGGCUACCAGUACAUGGCGGACGAGUUCAACUGCGACACGUGCCCCUUCGACAUGCGGCCCAAUCUGAACCGCACGGGCUGCCGGCCCACGCCCAUCAUCAAGCUGGAGUGGAGCUCCCCCUGGGCCAUCAUCCCCCUCUUCCUCGCCGUGCUGGGUAUCCUAGCGACCACGGCCACCAUCGGCACCUUCGUGCGCUUCAACGACACGCCCAUCGUGCGUGCCUCGGGCCGCGAGCUGAGCUACGUGCUGCUCACCGGGAUCUUCCUCAUCUACCUCAUCACCUUCCUCAUGAUCGCCGAGCCGGGCGCCGCCGUCUGUGGCAUCCGCCGGCUGCUGCUGGGGCUGGGCAUGGCCAUCAGCUACUCUGCCAUGCUCACCAAGACCAACCGCAUCUACCGCAUCUUCGAGCAGGGCAAGAAGUCCGUCCUGCCGCCCAAGUUCGUCAGCCCCGGCUCCCAACUCAUCAUUACCUUCAUCCUCAUCUCCGUGCAGGUACUGGCAGUGUUCAUCUGGUUCGGGGUGGUCCCCCCUCACUCCUUCGUGGACUACGAGGAGCUGCGCCCCCCCAACCCUGAGCAGGCGCGUGGGAUCCUGAAGUGUGACAUGUCCGACCUGUCACUCAUCUGUUGCCUGGGUUACAGCAUGGUGCUGAUGGUCACCUGCACCGUCUACGCCAUCAAGAGCCGCGGCGUGCCCGAGACCUUCAACGAGGCCAAGCCCAUCGGCUUCACCAUGUACACCACCUGCAUCGUCUGGCUGGCGUUCGUGCCCAUCUUCUUUGGCACGGCACAGUCCGCACAGAAGAUGUUCAUCCAGACCACCACGCUGACGGUGUCGAUGAGCCUCAGCGCCACCGUGUCUCUGGGCAUGCUCUACAUCCCCAAGGUCUACGUCAUCAUCCUCCACCCGGAGCAGAACGUGCAGAAGCGCACGCAGAAGGCCUCCACCCCCGCCCCCGCCCCCGCACCCCCCCCUGAACCGGCCCCCCCCUCUAACGACAAACAGAACGGAGCCAAAAAAAUAGUACCGGACCGCUCCCAGUAGAUACCAGGAGACCACAGGAGAGAGGCCAGGAGGCUGCUCAGGCGUCUGACGGGGAGGAGUGAUGGAACACACACACACACACACACACACACACACACACACACACACACACACACACACACACACACACACACACACACACACACACACACGUGAAGCUGUACUGCUGUUCUCCCUACUGCUCCAAAGACAGAGGAAGAGGAGGAGAAGGACCAGACUGUCACAGCCCAGAUGAGCAGAGUGUUGGGAUGAUCUUAGAACUCUGGAGCUGUGUGUGUGUGUGUGUGUGUGUGUGUGUGUGUGUGUGUGUGUGUGUGUGAGUGAGUGGGUGUGUUGUGGAGAUCUCUUCAUUCUAAACUACAGUCCUCAUCACAGGCUUCUGACCAAAGUGAAUAUUUUCUUUUCAUGUGGCUUAUGAGCACUGUGUGUGUGUGUGUGUGUGUGUGUGUGUGUGUGUUGUGUCUCUGUGUGACUUUGGUCCCCAGUCCUGGCCAGCCAACACUUGCUUAUGACGACUACAGGACUCUGCGUGGCUGGGUGUGCUAGGCCAAUCCAAUUUUGAUGAAGUUUUAGAUACAACAUGAUGUGUGUGUGUGUGUGUGUGUGUGUGUGUGUGUGUGUGUGUGUGUGUGUGUGUGUGUGUGUGUGUGUGUGUGUGAGGCCCACUUGUUAUAACAUUUUAGAUGUCAGUAUUCCAAGGCUCCCACUGCCAGCAAGCAUAGAGUACAUGUUUGUGUUUCAGCCAAUAGGAUUGUUCCAUUGUGUGUGUGUGUGUCUGUAGGACCCACAGACUGAUGAUCUAUCUACUACACAGACGUUAGUGCACUCUCAUUUCAAUGGGAAAGAGUUCAGAUGUUCAGAUGUUCAGAUGUUCCAUGGUAAGAGGUUCUAUCAGUUUGUCCUUCUGUUCAAUCAGAAGUUCCACAGAAAGAUGCUCCAUCACUCUGUCAUAUCAGAGGUUCCACAGUUGUUUCAUUCUCUGUUCUGACCCAAUCUGGUUUUGGUUUGGAUUCUGAUUUCCUUCAGACUGAGCUGCUCUGUUCUGGUAGAAUGGGGUGAUGGUUCUAGCUCACUGGUUACCCUGGGCAACACAUGCACAGUGGCCCUGGGUUCCAGCAUGUUCUGCGUUUAAGGAAUCAUGUUCUGUGUGUGCGUGAUGGGGAGGUGAUGCUGCCACCCUGUCCACUGCCGUUAUCCUCCUGAGAACCAACCCAUAGACUUGUGUCCUCUUAGUUGACAUUAGUUUUUCAUGUGUACCCUCUUACUCUUUGGAGCUAUUCUGUUCAUCCCCUGUUGGUUCCCAGGAGCAUAUGGCUCAUCAGGUGAGUUCAGCUGGAAUGGUUUGGUCUGGAUGCAGUGUCUGAACAGAGGCCAGAUGCCCCCACGCCAGGGUAAGAGCAGGUGUACUUAUGGGCCAGAUGCCCACACGCCGGGGUAAGAGCAGGUGUACUUAUGGGCCAGAUGCCCCCACGCCGGGGUAAGAGCAGGUGUACUUAUAGGCCAGAUGCCCACACGCCAGGGUAAGAGCAGGUGUACUUAUGUGCCAGAUGCCCACACGCCGGGGUAAGAGCAGGUGUACUUAUGGGCCAGAUGGUUGGACUGAAUUCUUGAAGCUGUAUUUUCCCUGUUAAUCAUGAAUCAUGAAUCAAACCUUCCCACCCCCUCCUAUCCAGCCUUUACAUUUAGAGGCAGUACACAAGAUACUGGUGGGUUUUUAAUGUUUUGUGGAAUGCCAGAGGUGAUAUGAUGAGGAUAGCAAGAUAAAUCGUUUUUGUAGUGAAUCAAAGAAGCACACAAUCUACCUCAGUAAUCUGAAUCUGAAAGGUGAUGAGCGCCUCUUAGUGGGUAUGAGUAGUACUACAGUUGGCAAAAAUGUAAUAACAGUGAAACACAGAGUGUUAAUGUUAACUGGUAAUGUGUGUUUUAACAUUUGCCAUAGUUUACACACUGGAUCAAAUAAAUGAAAACAUGUGUGACUUCCUAACCACUGCUGGAGCGCAAGAGGUGUCAGAUUGCAUAUGGUAUCGAGUUCUCAACUGCAGUGUGUGUGCCAGACAACGGGUUAUCAAUGUCACCAAUAGAGGCGCUCUCACACCUGUUCGCCAGUAUGCGCCAUUAUAGUUCAUCACCUGAACCCAUGAUCUAGAACCAGGUUCACAUGUAUGUGCUUUACCCUAUUUAUUUAACCUGCAAACACUCCUACACACUUUCAUGUAACAAUGAAAACAUGUGAUAACUAUGAAGGCACAGAACAUGUAGCCUACUUCGGUCGACUGAUACUGAAACUUGAGAAAUCUGUUGUCAUUUAUGGCUACCUGCUUUUUUAUUAUUCUUAGUAUUAUUUUCUAAACGUGACGAAGCAUCUAAAUGCCUGCAGCCUGCUUUUCUCCUAUGAUGCAAAUUAGUCACGUCAUAAACAAAAAAUAAAGACAAAUCAAGUAUUUUUGUUAGUGAUUGUUAAACACGUAGGUGAAAAAACAGAUGUAUAUAUAAUGUUGUUGUGUAUUCACUGCUAUGCAUUUCCCCUUGAGAGAAAGUGUACUUUUUGAGAAAACGUUAUCAAGUUUAUGCAUGCAAUAAAUGUUUUAGUACAAAA